CACUCUUCUAAACUUUUAUACACAAAUUCCACUUCUUCGAGAGAUCUCUCUCUUUUGUAUUCGAGCAGUCUACAAGACACACCCCAAAACUCCACCUCUCCAGUCAUGCCCCAGGAAACCAACAUGUCAAUCCUCGUCAUCGGCAGCACCGGCAAGAUCGGCCGUCGUCUGAUCCCCCGGCUCCUCUCCUCGCCCUCGACACCGACUCUAGUCUUGCCGACGACAAAGGAGCCCUCGACGCUGCUCUCGACCGUUUCCAGCUUGCCAGGCUACGAUGAGUCCCGCGUCCACGUGCCCCAGGGCUCUAUAUCCGACCCGCCGUUCCUCGAUGCAUUGUUGCAGAAGCACAGCGUGACGAGCGUGUUUAUGGCCAUGACUGGGCCCGACGAGCUCUUCACGACGAGUUUAGUGCUGUCUGCGCUGCAGAGAAGCGCGACUGUGAAGCACGUCGUGUAUAUUUCCGCGGCGGGGGAUUAUAGUGUCGAUGCUAUCAAAGCAGGGGGGAUGCAAGGUUCGGAUGCUGCGAAUGUGCUCGUCAAGUUUCUUGUCGAGGCCAAGUUGAAGUAUGGGAUUGCUGCUCGUGAUGAUGGGGAGAGUGCAGACAAGGGGAAGAAGAAGACAGGUUUUAGUUGGACGGUCUUGGGCCCGACGUUGUUCACAGAUAAUGAUGCUAUGGGAAAGCAGUGGUUGAUGGAGCGGGGGGUGUAUUUCCAGGCGUUGGGCGGCGGUGCGGGAAUAAGUUUCGUGGAUGUCGAAGAUAUUGCGCUCGCUGGGGUUAUAGCGCUCGAGGAUGAUGGGAGGAAAUGGGGUGGCAAGAAGAUUAUUAUUGGCGGAAAGAAAGCGUAUACCGGGGAUGAGGUGGCGAAGCUGUGGUCGGAUGCUUUGAGGAAGGAGUUGAGGUUGGCGGAGCGUGAUGAGGUUGAGGCUGAUCUAGCGGGGGUGAUUGGGCCGGGUCAUGCGAGAAUGUUGGCGGAUAUGUUUCAAGAGUUUGGGGAGCGUGGGUUUGCUAUGUCGGAAGAACAAUAUCGUGAGCAGGUCGCCUUCUUGGGUAAGGAACCUGAGGAAUAUGAGCAGUUCGUGCAGUCGACUGCCCAAGCUUGGAAAGCGGAAUGA